ACAAGCCUGAAGCGGUAUAAGUUGUUAAAUCGGUUGCUAUUGGCCGGUUUGGGGCUAACGGUGGACACGCCUAUGUAGAGUAGCUGCUUCGGUGUUCCAGAGCUGUGCGCGCGGGCCCGCAAGAGUGUGAGUUGCAGGGUGAUUCAGGAUGGUGGACCAGCCUUUGUGGGAGCAGAUAGGAUCCAGCUUUGUGCAACACUACUAUCAGAUGUUUGACUCUGACAGAUCACAACUGGGAUCUAUAUAUAUCGAUGCAUCAUGCCUUACGUGGGAAGGACAGCAGUACCAGGGGAAAAGAGCAAUUGUCGAGAAACUCGCUAGUCUCCCAUUUCAAAAAAUAGCGCAUAGUAUAACGGCGCAGGACCAUCAGCCAACUCCAGACAGCUGCAUCUUGAGUAUGGUUGUAGGACAGCUUAAAGCAGAUGAAGACCCCAUUAUGGGUUUCCAUCAGAGUUUCAUCCUGAAGAACAUUAACGAUGCAUGGGUGUGCACCAAUGACAUGUUCAGGCUGGCCAUUCACAAUUUCGGUUAACCUGCGUCUCCACUUUGGCGGGCAGGGGCAGCCAUAGUGAAGGUCACUGUGUGAAGUAUGGAGGGAGGAGAAGAGAGAGCACUCAUCCCUCCCUCCCGGCUGUUUCAUUCACGCCUGUUUUGACAAACAAGCAAACACCAGAUUCUAGAUGUCAAUCACUGAACCUCAUCCAGACGGGUUUUCAGCCCAGCCCAGCCCAGCCUGUAGAACUGCAACGUGUUUCUUUGCUGAGAGCCGGCUGACCAAUCAAACGCCCCUGUCUGCCACUCUGCUGAUCUGCAUGAUGCUGGGAACCCCCUCAUUACAAUACUCAAGCCACCCGAAGGACAAACAGCUGACCGAUGCCAUUAACUCCGCUCUGCUCGCCUCUUUACUCUACUCUAACCCAUUCUACUCUACUGUUGACUCCACUGCUGUCAACUCAGUUCUGUUAGCACUGUUGUUGACUGGUUUGUAGUCCCAUGUUCAGGUUCAAAGAUGGCUUCUUCAGUUUCCGUCUCACAUAUUUGUUUUUAGAUGCCACUUGUGUGUUUACAUUAGCUCGCCUUAGUGUGUUAAAUAGAGUUUUAUCUUCCUUUACACAACUGUUAACUUUGCCAUGAUUCAUUUGCUCAUGGAUGACAAAGGUUGACAUUGCUGUGUUUUGCUCUGACUCCGCUUAUUUUCUCUCUCUCUUCUCUCUCUUUCACACACAUCUGGCAGUUAAACAUGGACUACAGCCACGAUACACAAUAAAACCUGGACUUUUUUUCUUAA